AUGGACCUGCCUGUCUGCCUCGUGACGGGCGUGAGUGGCUUUGUCGCGGGCCACGUCGCACUCGCGUUACUGGAAACGAAGCGCUUCCGCGUGCGCGGCACGGUGCGCAACCUGAGCAACGCCGCGGCCGUCGCGCACCUCGCCGCGCACGCGACGCUGAAAGACGUCGAGCUCGUCGAGGCGGACCUGCUGAGCGACGCCGGGUGGGAGGCGGCGCUGGAGGGGUGCGCCUACUGCUGCCACUGCGCGAGCCCGUUCCCCAUCGGCGAGGUCGAGGCGGGGUCGCUCGUGGCGCCCGCGGUCGAGGGCACGGAGCGCGUCCUGCGCUUCGCCAAGCAGGCGGGCGUGCAGCGCGUCGUCGUGACGUCGUCCGUCGUCGCGAUCAGCUCCGGCCGGGACCCGAAGGACACCGCGCCGCGCAUCUUCACGGAGGCCGACGUCUCGAACGUCGACUCGUUUUUCCGAGUCUCUCACGAACUCCGAGUCAAGCUCUAUCAAACGGAGGGCAUGAUCGCACCGACCCAGCUCGCGCGCGAGAUCAAGGACGUGCUCGGCAAGGGCUGCACCAUUUGCGGCGUGACCGGCAAGCUCCUCGCAUGCCCGUGCGCCACCGUCAAGUACUGCUCGGUCUCGUGUCAGCGCGUCGACUGGAAGGCGCGCGGCCACAAGAUGGUCUGCCGCAAAAUCCGGGCGCGCGCCGAGGCGGCGGCGCAGCACGACGACGCGCGGCGCGACGCGGCGCAGCCCGACGCGACGCCGGAGGAGCCGCUGGUGUUCUACGGGCCCGCGCCGCGGUCGCGCGCGGACGAGGCGCGCGCGCGCAUCGCCGCGGCGCAUGAGGCGGCGCGCGCGCGGCGAGAGGCGCAGCCGGAGAAGGCGCCGUUGUCCACGCGCUUCGGCUCGCGCUGCCCU